AUGGCGGACAACGAGCAGAAGUACGAUGACAAGGCUGACAAGCUUGACGCUCAGAUCAAAUCGGUCGACAUGAGUGAGGACAUGCAGCAGGAAGCCAUUGAAGUCGCGCAAGAAGCCAUGGCCAAGUUCACCGUCGAGAAGGAAAUCGCCCAACACAUCAAGCGAACUUUCGACGAGCGCAAGGGUGCAACAUGGCAUUGCAUUGUUGGUAGGAACUUCGGCAGCUUUGUCACCCACGAGACCAAGCACUUCAUCUACUUCUAUCUGGGUCACUGCGCUAUCCUUCUCUUCAAGACUCAGUAG